AUGGUGGCAGCGCUGGCGGUGUUAAGUCUCGUUCUUCUGGCUUAUACGCAGCUCAUUUACCUGCCAGCGAUGACUGGCGACGGGGGGCACCGUCAGUUCCUACGUGCAGGACGGCACCAACUUUCUGCGAGUUUACGAGAGACCUACAAGCUGCAAGCCGAGACGUUCAAUGAAGACCAGAGGAAGGUGGUGGACAUGACGCGCCACGCGUGGCACGGAUACCGCAAGUUCGCAGACUGGCACGACUACCUGAGUAUGCCGAGCCUCGAGCCUGGAAGUGUGUACGGCCACGACAUGGCUCUGACGACGGUCGAUUCGCUAGACACGCUCUUUAUUAUGGGACUUCACGACGAGUUCGACGAGGCCAGUGCGUGGGUAAAGGCGAACCUGAGCGAGACCAUGUUCCAAGGUGGAUCCGUGAGCUUCUUCGAGACUACCAUCAGAUCGCUUGGGGGUCUGCUGUCCGCGUACUACCUCUCGGGUGAACAGCAUUUUCUUGACAUCGCUAAAAGCUUGGGCAAAGCUCUCCAGAUGGGGUUUAUAUGCGCAAACCACGUCCCGUGUCGUGCCGGCCAUCUGAGCUAUGAAGAACCGCUUCUGUCCGAAUUGGGGACUUUUCAGCUUGAGUUCGCGUACCUCGCGCACACAACAAACGACGAUUCAUUCCUGCUCCAAGUGAACCACAUCAACAGCAUCAUGGUCGAUCUAGUCGAGAAGCGCUACACAAAUGGCUUGAUUCCGGUCAUGAUGGACUGGAAUUCUAUGAUGGCCCAACCAGGCUCCGUCAUCUCUGUGGGGGCUCUAGGUGACAGCUACUACGAGUACCUUCUCAAGCAGUGGCUACUUUCGGGCAAGAAGGACAACCAGAUGAGAGAUAUGUAUGUCACGGCUGUGGCAGGGAUCCAAGAAAAGCUGGUUGGAUACUCCUACCCGUCGAAUUACGCAUUUAUUGGACGGCUUCUUGUCACCGGCGAUCUAGAGUCUGCAAUGGAGCAUUUAACCUGCUUCGUACCAGGGAUGCUCGCCCUUGGGUACACGCACGGUAUGCCGACUUCUCAUCUGGAGCUCGCCAAAGAACUCACAGAAACAUGUGUCCGGAUGUAUCUUCAUUCUGCGUCGCACUUGUCCCCUGAGAUAACUCAAUUUGUCAUCGUAACCGACCCUGAAGGCAUCCAAGCAACGAACCCCGAGUUGUUUACGUUUCCUUCGCAUGACUACAACAUCCUGCGGCCUGAAACUGUGGAGAGUUUAAUGAUCCUGUACCGAGUUACAGGCGACGAAAUGUACCGCGAUCACGGACGGAUGAUCAUGGAGGCUUUUGAGAAGUACAGCAAGGUCCCAGCGGGUGGAUACCGCAGUACUGUCGAUGUUUGGAACGGCACGCCGACAACCAAGCAAGGCGGAAUGGAGAGCUUUUUCAUCGCAGAGACGCUCAAGUAUCUGUUCAUGCUUUUCUCGGACGACGAUGUUCUACCUCUCGACGAAAUCGUGUUCAACACGGAGGCACAUCCGUUCCCAGUGUGGCGGUAA